GUUGUUUGUUGUUUCUUGUUUACAAACUCUGCUCGUAUAUUAUAGUUUGGUCGCACGUAAUUAUUAUUCUCGUUGAUUUCCGUUCUAAUCGGUCCCCGGAACGAUGGCCAACCGUACGGUGAAAGAUGCAAAGAACGUACACGGUACCAACCCGCAGUACUUGAUUGAAAAAAUUAUCCGGUCCCGCAUUUACGAUUCCAAGUACUGGAAGGAGCAAUGUUUCGCCCUGACGGCGGAAUUGCUAGUGGACAAGGCGAUGGAUAUUCGUUUUCUUGGCGGAGUAUUCGGGGGAAACAUCAAACCUACACCGUUUCUGUGUCUAACGCUUAAAAUGCUCCAGAUCCAGCCAGAGAAGGACAUCGUGGUGGAGUUCAUCAAGAAUGAAGAGUUCAAGUACGUGCGAGCGCUGGGAGCGUUCUAUUUGCGGCUGACCGGGUCGUCGUUGGAUUGCUACAAGUACUUGGAACCACUGUACAAUGACAAUCGGAAGCUGAGGCGACAGAAUCGAAUGGGACACUACGAGCUGAUUCAUAUGGAUGAGUUUAUCGAUGAUUUACUGCGGGAAGAGCGCUCGUGCGAUAUUAUUCUACCUCGAAUCCAGAAACGACAUGUGUUGGAGGAAAAUAAUGAGUUAGAACCAAAAGUGUCCGCACUAGAUGACGAUUUGGACGAGGAAAUGCCAAGCGAUGACGAAAAUCUAGAGGAAAUAGCGGAAGCCUUGAAAGCUAGGGAGAAGGAGAAAAAGCUGGAUACCAUCAAGACGAGGGAGAGCAAGAGAGAACGGUCUGUAUCGAAGGAUCGACAGCUGGAAAAGUCGAAAGACUCGGGUACCCACCGAGAUCGUGGGACGGAACGUUAUCGCGAUUAUGAAAGGGGACGGGAUAGAGAGCGCGAUUACGAUAGACGAGAAUCACCAUCGGAUCAACGUUACAAAGAGCGAGAAGCACGGGAAAAGGAUCGAGAUCGGCAGCGACGGCACGAACGCGAACGAAUCGAUGAACGGGAUCGAGAUAGGCGUCAUGGCGAUAGAGACCGAGAUCGAGACCGUGAGCGCGAAAAGGAUCGCAGCCACCGAGAAAAAGACUACGACCGAAAUCGGGAACGGGACUACGAUCGAGAGCGAGAUUACGAACGACGCAGACGUUAGUAGAUGCGAAAAUAAGUCAAAAAUUACAAAAUUUAA